AUGGAGUACAGACAAGAUGUGGGUUCAGAGGAACUAUGUCCAGUCUGUGAAGAUAAAGUCUCCGGGUAUCACUACGGCCUGCUGACCUGUGAAAGCUGCAAGGGAUUUUUCAAAAGAACAGUUCAAAACAACAAGAAGUACACCUGUGUGGAAAACCAGGAAUGCAGAAUUGAUAAAACUCAGAGAAAGCGAUGUCCAUUCUGCAGGUUUCAAAAGUGUCUUCAUGUUGGCAUGCAGCUUGACGCUGUUCGACCAGACCGGAUGCGAGGAGGCAGGAAUAAGUUUGGCCCCAUGUACAAGCGUGACCGUGCCAUCAAACAGCAGAGAAAGGCUUUGAUACAAGCUAACAGAUCCAGGUUAGAGAGCAGCCCUCUUCUGGCUUCUUCCACUCACUUGAAAGACUGUACUUUUACCAGCGGCCUCCACCAUGUUGCCAUCCUACAUGGCCAUCCACUAACCACAGACCAUCCUCCAUCGCUGCCUUCGCUCCUUCCCUCUAGCUCACCUGCUGUUCCCCAGCACCAGUCCACCCCUCCUUCAAAUUGGAUCAUCAAGUCAGAGUACAGUAGCCAUUGUGCAAGUCCAACAGAUUCCUUCGCAGGAAUAUUCAUCGAGUCAGGUGACUCAUAUUUGAGACCUUUUUCUCCACAAGCUCGCAGGAUACCUCAGCUAGUGAUGGAGUUUCUGCGCUGUGAACCAGAUGAGUUACAGCUGCAGAAUAAGAUCACUGCUCGCCUCCAGCAGGAGCAGAGAGGCUGGGAGGGACAUGGGGACCCCAGCACCUUCAGUCUUGUGUGUGUUGUGGCUGACCAGAUGUUGUGCUCCAUCGUGGAGUGGGCGCGCACAUCCAUCUUCUUCAAACAGCUUAAGGUCAGUGAUCAGAUGAAGCUGCUGCACCACUGCUGGAGCCAACUCUUGAUUCUGGACAUCAUCUCCAGACAGGUCCUCCGUGGCAAAGAGGGCAGUCUGCUCCUGGUCACUGGGCAGGAGGUAGAGGUGUCUGGUAUAGUCUCACAAGCUGAUCCCACUUUAGCCAGUUUGACCCAGGGAGGCCAGGAGCUGGUAAAGAAGCUCCACAUCUUAAAUGUGGAUCGCCAAGAGUUUGUCUGCAUCAAGUUUCUCAUCCUUUUUAACCCAGACGUAAAGGACCUCGAAGAUCAUGAAUUUAUAGAGAGUGUGCAGGAGCAGGUUGAAGGAGCUUUGCUGGAGUACACCCUGUCCACGUCUUCUCAGUGCCUCGGCCACUUUGCCCAUCUGCUACUGUGUCUGUCUGAGCUGCGUUCUCUCAGCACCCUCGCUGAGGACUACCUGCACUGCGGAUACCUGCGUGGAGAGGUGCCCUGCAACAACUUGCUCAUUGAGAUGCUCCACACUAUGCACAGCAGGACAUGA